CUAGACUUAUAUAUAAACAAAAAUGGCAGAUUCCAAAAAGAUUGCUGAUACAAACGUUUUAUCCAAAAAGGAUCAACGAAAAAAUAAGAAGCUUACUAAAAAGGAUAACAGGAAAAAGGUCAAAAUUGUUAAAAUUCAGCCUAAAGCCUUAUCAUCCAGCGAAGAUGAAUUUGAAAGUGCAAGUGAGCAUAUCAACGAUGAUGAUCAAAUUGAUGAUGAUUCAUUUAAUGAGGAAAUGCAAAUUGAGCUUGCAGAAUUAGUAAAAGGUGAUUAUAAAGAAGAUAAUGAAUCCGAAUCAGAAGAUAAUCAAGAAGCUAUUGCCGAAAAUAGUAAAUUGAAUUUCAAGAAACUAGAAAAUAGUGAGAGUGAAGAAGAAAGUGGAGAUAAUGAAGAUGAUGAAGAUGAUGAAGAAGAAGAACAAAGAAAUCUUAAUAAUUCCAAAAUUGAAUCUAAACCUAUAAAAAAAGAUCAAAAAUCAAUAAAAAUUAAAAAGACAACACAAAAUAAACUGAUAAUAAAUAAAAAGAAUGAAUUAGAAAAAUCAAAAGAAAAUUUAGAUCAAAAACAAGUGGCAAAUAAAACAAAAGAGAAUGAUGAUGAAAAUAAAGAUCAAGAUGAAGAUAUGCCUUUAUCAGAUGUCGAAUUGGAUUCUGACACAGACGUUGUUCCUCACACAAAAUUAACUGUAAAUAACCAAGCUCUAAUGAGGGAAUCUCUUCAACAAAUCCAAUUCCCCUGGGAAAAAUUAAGUUUUCAAGAGCAUCAAUCAAUAACAUCAAAUGAUAUAAUACAAGAAUCAAUAAAUGAUAUAUAUGAUGAUGACCAAAGAGAAAAUGCUUUCAAUAAACAAGGUUUACUUGCUGUUAUUGAGGCUCGUAAAAAACUUAUUAAAUUAAAAGUCCCAUUUUCAAGGCCAGCAGAUUAUUUUGCAGAAAUGGUUAAAAAUGAUGAACAUAUGAAUAAAUUAAAAGCAAAAUUAAUUGAGGAGGCCAAGGCUAAGAAAGCUUCAGAAAAUGCGAAAAAACAAAGACAAUUAAAGAAAUUCGGUAAACAAGUUCAAAUUGCUACUAUGCAAGAACGUCAAAAACAAAAAAAAGAAACUUUAGACAAAAUCAAGAAUUUAAAGAAAAAAAGAAAAACUAAUGAAAUAUCAACAGAUGAUUUUGAUGUGGGAAUUGAAGAAGCCACUGUAACAACUAAAAAUGACAAUAAAAACGAUAGAAGCAAUAAAAGAGCAAAGCCCAAUCCCAAAAGAUUAGCAAAAGACUCCAGGUAUGGUAUGGGUGGAAUGAAGAGAUUUAAACGAAAGAACACUGCUGAAAGUAGUAAUGACAUCUCUGACUUUUCAAAUAGUCGAAACAAAGGAAAGGGCAAAACAUCUAGGCCUGGCAAAAACAAACGUAGAAGUAGAAGAAACUGAUUUGCUGCGUAUAUAUUAGUGAAUUGUUUACAAUGUUUUAAUUUAAUUUAAUUUGAUAUAAAUAACACAAUUUAGCAUUGUUAGAAUUUUGUACUAGUUCCAUAAAGGAUUUAUCUUCUAUGGAAAUGAAAAACCUG